UCGAGGCAACUCAGUCUGGCUCUGACCGUGAUCCGAAGUGGACGGGUCUACACAAUCGCGUAUCAUCGAAUAAAUAACCAACGAACGUUGAGCCAUUUCUCCACCCCCUAGAGUGUGUCUGUGUGUGUGAGUGUGUGUAUACGUGGUGUAUGUGUGAGCGGGCGUUGGAUUAGGGGUUGUGUGUGAGAAAAAAAAGCUCUUUGUUCUUCUCCCUCUUUGUGUUUGCCUUACUCGACUUGCAACACACACAUCACAAGAGAUUGCCUUUUAAGAAACAGCUUGGCAUUUGCUGUUUUUUUUUGUUACCCUUUACAAUAAUCAAGCAGCUAAAUUGACAUAGGCUGGCCGUGUAAAUUAAUCUACCAAGGCUUGCCAAACAACUACCACCAUAGCUCCUCAGGAACAUCCAGGUCUGCAGCAGCGAGGAGUGGCUGGAGUACUCAUGCCGAUGGCUUUGUUAGGGCCCAGUGCCCGACAGCAGCAAUCAGCAAACGGAAGAGGUGGAAAUUUCAACGAUCCUGCAGCCAUGUCAGCUGGACUAGGCAUGCAAGCCUACCACAGUGCGGCAGCUCCAGCCUCCCACUCCCAGCAUGCUAUUCUUGCUGCCGCUGCUGCAGCCGCAGCAGCAGCAGCCCACAAUCAAGGAUUAACUCAAGCUGCAUCUGGAUUUUACCCGGCCAACAGUCAUCAUCCCCAACAGCCUCAACAACAUCAUUCCAGCAGCAACAAUGGCAGCAAUUCUCAACAGCCAGCUCAGGAAGCCCAACCAGACAGACCCAUAGGUUACGGCGCAUUCGGAGUCGUCUGGUCGGUGACAGAUCCGCGCGAUGGCAAACGCGUCGCUCUCAAAAAGAUGCCCAACGUGUUUCAGUCGCUGGUUUCUUCCAAACGGGUCUUUCGAGAGCUCAAGAUGCUCUGCUUCUUCAAACAUGAUAAUGUGUUAUCCGCUCUGGACAUUUUACAGCCUCCGCACAUCGACUUUUUCCAAGAGAUAUACGUCAUUACGGAAUUGAUGCAGAGUGACUUGCACAAGAUUAUCGUCUCACCACAACACCUAUCAACAGAUCAUAUUAAAGUCUUUCUCUACCAGAUUCUGCGAGGAUUGAAAUAUUUGCAUUCGGCAAGAAUCCUCCACCGUGACAUUAAACCUGGCAAUCUCUUGGUCAACAGCAAUUGUUUGCUCAAAAUAUGUGAUUUCGGAUUAGCUCGUGUGGAAGAGGCGGACGCUAACAAGGCGAUGACGCAGGAGGUAGUGACGCAAUACUACCGUGCUCCGGAAAUCUUGAUGGGUGCCCGCCAUUACAGCUCGGCAGUUGAUGUCUGGUCCAUAGGUUGCAUCUUUGGAGAACUACUCGGACGUCGCAUCCUUUUCCAAGCUCAGACUCCCAUCCAGCAGUUGGAACUUAUUACGGAUCUGCUGGGCACACCGAAUGUGGAGGACAUGUCGAGUGCAUGUGAAGCUGCCCGGAAACACAUGAUCCGUCGUCCAGCUAAACCACCUUCAUUGGCAGCUUUGUACACAUUAUCGUCCCAAGCCACACACGAGGCCGUCCAUCUUCUCAGCCAGAUGCUCGUUUUUAAUCCAGAAAAACGAAUCAAUGUCAUCGACGCUCUGGCACAUCCCUAUUUGGACGAGGGCAGACUCCGUUUUCAUUCGUGCAUGUGCCGUUGCUGCCAAACGGCCAGCCAACCGGGUUCCGUGGCCGUUCGCCGUUACGCUUCCGAUUUGGAACCAUCUGCCGUCCAACCGUUCGAGGAUCAUUGGGAACGCGAGCUCACCUCCACCCAUCAAGUCCGCGAAAAGUUGCACAAGUUCAUCAUGGAUCAGCUGAUGAGUAGUCAAGUGCCGCUCUGCAUCAAUCCUCAAUCAGCGGCCUACAAGAGCUUUGCCAGUUCGACGAUGGCCGGAUUUUUGAGCGAUGGAACGUCCAGGUUCACCUGCAAUGGCCAAGUAGUGAAGCACAACAUGGGGUGUUCGACGUUCGCCGAGUAUACAGUCGUCAAUGAGACCAACAUCUCCAAGAUCGAUCCCACUGCGCCACUAGAUAAAGUUUGCUUGAUCGGCUGUGCCAUUGCCACCGGAUACGGUGCAGCCCUCAAUACCGCUAAAGUACGGCCUGGAUCGACUGUGGCCAUUUGGGGAUUGGGUGGAGUGGGACUCGCUGCAGCUAUGGGAGCAAAGAAAGCCGGAGCAGCAAGGAUUAUCGGAGUAGAUAUAAAUCCAACUAAAGCUGAAAUAGGAAAAAUGUUUGGAAUUACGGAAUUUGUUAAUCCAAAAGACCAUGAAGAGCCUAUCGAAAAAGUACUGGUUAAAAUGACGAAUGGAGGACUGGACCACGCUCUGGAAUGCUGCGGAAUCGCGAGCUGCAUGAAAGCAGCUUUUGCGGCAUGCAAGGGUGGCGGAGGUGUUUUGACCCUGAUCGGAUUAGCACCGCUAAGCGAAGAAGUUCCUUUCAACGCGUAUCAAUUUAUCGCUGGGAAAAGUGUCAACGGGACUUAUUUUGGAGGUUGGAAAAGCCGAGAUCAAGUUCCCAAAUUGGUUGAGGACUACCUGUCCAAACAGUUGAUGGUCGAUGAACUCAUCACCCAUACUUUGCCGAUCGAGUCCAUCAAUGAUGCUGUAGACCUGAUGAAAAAGGGAGAUUGUGUGCGAUGCAUCGUUAAAUUUUGAAGUUGGAAUUUCAAGGAUACGGAAGUGCGUAGCCAUGAAAAAUUCAACUUGAGCUUGGUGGAGGUUAUCCUUCUUAUUAUUCCAAAUGAGCUUUUACCAAGCGAAUGUCAGAUUAA